AUGGCCUGUUGCUACGAAUUUGAAAUGAAAGAUCUUUAUUCCAUCAAUUCGGUUAAAUACUCUCCACCCUUUGCAACCGCUCCGGAUACUUUUUGGCAGUUAGAAUAUAAUCCUAUAUCAACCUCAAACCCCGAUUACUGUUCAUUUUAUCUGGUAUCGAUAUGCAAGAAGAAACAAAAUAUUGACUCAAAAUGGAACAAAUGCCUGCCUGCAAAAAUUUAUUUCAAAAGAUCGGACGGAAAGAUUUAUAGAGAAUUUGAUGUCCUGAGAAUGGAUUCUAUUGUCGAAGGCAUAGACAAUUUUUGCAGAAGGAUAUCACUUCAUCUGGUCAAUGUGAUCGGUGUGAAAUUCAACCAUACCCGAUUCGUGGAGAACUGUACUGAGCCACCAUUCCCGUCAAAACCAAUUCCUGACAACCUAAUAUUGGCAUGGUCAAGUGAACUAAACAAACCAGAUAAGGCGAAUGUUAAAUUGAAUGUUCAAGGUCAAACGAUAUAUGCAAGUAGCACAAUACUCGCGAAACGAUCGGAAUAUUUCCAGAGGAUUUUCGAAGGUGAAUGGGCUGAAUGUAAACGUGACAUAGAUUUCCCAACGGUUGCUGAGGAUUUGACGCCAAGCUCAACAAAAUUACCAACUCUGCAACCUUACAAAUACGAGAUCAAUAUCACGGAUUUUAAGUAUCGGACCUUGUAUGGUAUAGCAGAUAAAUACCUUCUCACCGAUUUACAGGAUGAAAUAAAAUCAAUGCUAAUCUUAAAAACGAACAGGAAAAAUGCUGCCGAGAUGUUGUUUAAACAUGCAUGGAAGUGGGAAGAAUUAAAGGCAAUAAUGAUGCCUUACGUGGUAGAAAAUUUUGAAGAAAUUCGAAAAACAAAAGGAUUUAAAGAUAUCGUAAAAAACAAAUUGGAUUAUUCAAUGUAUCACGAGUUAAAUACUGAAAUAUUAAUGUCCUUGUAUCCUGCCCAAGAUAGUGACUGUGACGAGUCGAUAAGUUCGAUUUGA